UCUCUGAGAGGCAUAAAGUAGACUAGCAAAGAUACACUUCUAGAACAGAGCAGCCGUGCAGAAGACAGUUGAUGUUUAUUGAAGAUUCACAGCUGAUGUCAUCAUGAGCCACUACACUAGUAGCUUCCUAUCCUCUCCCAGCUUAAUUAAUGGAGGUCUAGAAAAGUCCUACAACUCCUCUACAUACAGCAUGGGAGGCAGAAGCGAUGUCUCUAUUUCUAGAUCCAGCUCCCUUUCCUCUGGGAUGGGGGGCUAUAAUUACACCACGGAUUAUAGUGAAAGGCUGCUGUCUAACAAUGGCAAGGAGACCAUGCAAAAUUUAAAUGACCGGCUUGCCUCGUACCUGGAGAAAGUACGUUCCCUGGAGGAUGCCAAUAUGGAGUUGGAGAAGAAGAUCCAAGAGUGGCAUAAAAACAGGACACAAACCAAAAAGCGAGACUACAGUGUGUAUGAGAAGACCAUUUCAGAACUUCAAACGCAGCUCAUCAAUGGACAGUUACAUGGUGCUAGGCUGACACUACAGAUGGAAAAUGCCAAGCUUGCCUCGGAUGACUUCAUGCGCAAGUAUGACACAGAAAGGGCCUAUCGUACAACCUUGGAGACAGAUUUGGAGGGCCUUCGAAAAGUGAUGGAUAAUCUCACCAUUGUCAGGACAGACCUAGAGAUGGAGGUUGAAGGAAUGAGAAAACAGCUGAUUUACAUGAGGAAAAGCCACGAGGAGGAUAUGAGGCAGGCUCAAGCUCGAAAGCAAGGUUCAUCUGUCAAUGUGGAAGUUGAUUCCCCAAAAGGAGUUGAUUUAGCAAAGAUCAUUGCAGAUAUGAGAAAAGAGUAUGAAUCCAUCAUUGAGAAGAACCGCAGGGAUGUUGAAGAGUGGUACAAACAGCAGUCAACAACAGUACAGCAGGAAGUGAAUACACACACUGAGGUACUUCAAAGCAGCAGAAACCAGAUCAAAGAUUUGAAACGUUCUCUACAAAAUCUGGAAAUUGAGCUACAAGCUGAGAACAGCCGGAAACAUGGGCUGGAGAUCACAUUAGAGGAAGUCCAGAAGAACUCAGCAGACCAACUUGAGAAGAUCCAGAUGCAUAUUUGCCAAUUGGAGACUGAGCUGAGAAAAGUUAGGAAUGACCUAGAAAGGCAGAGCAAUGAGUACAGGAUCCUUCUGGAUAUAAAGAGUCGCCUAGAGAAUGAAAUUGCCACAUACCGAAGACUGAUUGAUGGAAAUAACAGCAGCGAAGUGUAUACUCAUUCAUCAGAUACUAGCCGUAAAGUCAAGACUAUAGUCCAAGAUGUGGUUAAUGGAAGAGUGGUAAACUCCAAAAUAUCCGAAAUACCCCAGAAACUGUGAAAGUCAUAAAGGGUUGAAAUAGUGGAUACAACACAUUCUAUAUCAUGAGCGGCCGAUCGAUAUACUGUUUACAUGUGCCAAUAUUUAUCAUUGUACAGCAGGAAUAGUCUAAUACAAACAUGUUAAAAAGAUAUUUAUUAAGAAGAGUACAGUCAGUUUGUGUAGAUGGGGUUUUGUAUCACAGCCAUAGUAAAACCUCUAGGUAAGAUGAAUUUCAGGGAAGUAUGAUAUCAGUGCUACCCAUUCCAUCAUACACUUACUGUGUAUUUAAAAAACAUUAUAUACCUUGUAACUUAAGGGCUGCAAAUUAUAGCAUGUUCCCGAAAAAUGUGAUUCUGCUGAGAAUUUAUGAUGCAUUGCUUUAAAAAAUGCUUCGAUUCUUUUAGAAAGUGGUGCAGAACUUUGUAGAUUUUUAAACAGAAUAGGUGGCACCAGUGCUUUUUUGUGGUGGUUCUCAGGAGCAUGAGGUACUGGAACCUUUAUUUGGUCUAAUUUUUAAUACUUAUAAUUAGUUCCACAUAUAGGAGAAGACAUCAGUGAAACCAUUUCAGAAAGUAAUAUAAUUGUCAUCAUAACAUUUAUCCAGAUUACGGAAGCUAUUAUGCAUUUUGAAUCAACGUGUAACUUUAGGUGAGUGCUGGCACCAUCUUUUAUAGAAGAAAACAGUGGGUGGCACUCUUAACAGAUUAGGGCACUGAUCCAACAACAUGUAUUUUCCUUUGUGAAUUAUUUACUGUAGCUAGAACUCACCUUGUAGAACUUAAUUGUACUGGCAUCUUCACCUUCUGUAAAAAAUAAAAUAAAAUAAAACUAAAAACAACAGCAAACAUUGAAAAAAAAACAUUCUUUACAAAGCGAUGUGGAACAUGGUGCUAUAUAAAUAAAUAAAUAAAUAAUUAUAAUAGAAUAAACGGCUUUUUAACUGCUACGUAAUAUUUAAUUUACCUACAUACAUAAUAUUUUAUUACGCUAAUGCAAAUACUGUACCCUACAACAUGCCAUUUUGCAAUCAGAUUCACACGGAUUAUUUUAGUUUCAAAACGUACAUAAUAUAAUUGUUUAAUUGUAUUUGUUUUUGGAUAAAGAAUAAUAUGAUUUUUUUUUUCUUGACAAAGAUGAACUUUUAUACUGAACACCUUUAAAAUAACAAAAAUAUAUACAUAAAAUAAAUACUUAUACAGCAGUGUAGAGUUCAAUUCUUUAAACUCUGAAUGAAGGUACUCAGAGCACUGUAACCAUUACUGUUACCAGAAUAAUCCAAUAUCCAAAGCCAAGUAUGCAGCAUUAAAAUGACAUUAUACCAAUAUGGCAACAUUAUGUGUUAUAUUAUUAACACAGGAAAGUUAUAAUGGGAUAUUGUACCUAUUCCAACAAAAGCAUAUCUUGAAUAUUUGUUUUCUGGAUCGUUCACCAAACACUACAUGCCUACUGUAUCUACAUAGACCCACAGCACCAUAUGCACAGCCCUCAUCAGGACAUAUGGCCAUAAGUCUUCAGGGUUUGCUCUACUUUGAAAAGAAAACUUAAUAGUGGAUGACUUAAACAUGUUACCAUACCAACCAAAACUGCAUUCAAUAUAAGGUAAGGCAAAACACAGAAAAAUAAAUCCUUGUGGGAAUAUAAUGAAUAGGAACCACAGGUGUUCUCACACUGUAUAAGUUAAUACACUAUUAUAUUUUAAUGAUAAAGUGAUAUUUUAACAGAUAUAUUUGAUAGAUGAAAUCUUUGCAGGACACUAGAGAGAAUGGCAUAAUUAAGAUGCAUUGUACAUUAGAUUAUACCAGUUGUUCCAAACUUUAUUGAAUCACAGCGCUCUAGAGUAUAAAAAUAGUUUUCAAGGCACCCCAAGACCAAAAGUGUCUUAUUGAGAAAUUCAGAUUUUUUUUUAAGUUAAGUAGAUUGUUAUUAUAUGUCAUGCUUAGGGUCAGUUAUGUGGUGAGGGACAGGAUUCGCUUUUGUUUGUCCGCAUAGUUAUGAAUGACAGUCACAGGUACUAGUUUUGCCUAUUACAUUGACUGUAAAUAAUUUGAAUUGGUCCUGGACCACCUACCCAGGGCACCCCUGCAAAUGUCCUGAGGCACCCCAGGGUGCCACAGCACCCAGUUUGGUAACCACUGGAUUAUACAGUAUGUGCAUAGCUCUUUUAUUUUGCAAUCACUCACACUGAUGUCUUUGAAGAGGUGAUUUUGCCUGCAGUUGUUUUCUUUCUUUUUAUUUAUAUUGUAUAGAUGUUUUAAUAAAAUAUUGUUAUUUUUUUGUACUUGCUAAAACAUGUCUUUUCAUAGCACUUACAGUAUUUAGGUUUUAUAUUUUAAAGGUGAAAUUGAAACAAAAUUUCGGACUAAUGUGAUCAACAGUUUGGUGCAAAUAACCGCUCAUCAAAUCAGGCUGUAAUGGUUCUAUCACAUAAAGCCAAUUGUCAUGGAGUGACCACCCUCAUACUCCCCCUCAUGCAGUAUACAAAGGCAUUUAAUCUUAUCUCUUUACAGAAAGGCUUAGAUUUCAAAUAUUGUGAGUGAUGUUUUAUUUUGAACACUGAUAAAAAAGUGGAUGAAGUAGCACUAGCAGUACACGGCUUUGUCAUUUAAAGCAAACCACACAACUGACAGCUACACAGUUAGAUUGUUCUUUCUUGAACAUAAUGAUGGUGCACAGAUGUGUUUUACAACAUAAAGUAAUGUGAUAAUGGAGAAAAAAAAUUUAAAUUGGGGUUUAUGAUAUAAAAGAGUGAGACAAGUAGCACAUAGCCAGUGUGUGUGAUACUGUAGCACUUACAUCGGGUUUUUCAUCUCUGGUUCUCAAGAGACACUAAUGCUGCUGACACACAUGCAGUCACAUAUGGUCACUAAACUCAGUUUUGGAAUGACUGGAUUUUAGGGCCAAUUUUGCAACCAUCAUCUAUGGGUAAAUUGACUACAUUUGAGAAUUUAGGGGCAGAUUUAAAAGUGGAUGCUAAUUUGAUUUUGAAGCAAUUGUGCAUUGUUGUUUGAUUUGUGCCACACUCCACUAUUAACUUUGUGUGGAAUGUGGCCACCAUACAAUCAAUAUGCAGAACAGGGGUAGUGAAGUGGCAUGCUCUCUUGGCAGUGCAGUGCCAGGCUGUAACAUUGUAACCUGACACCACCCUCCAGCCCAUUUCCCACAUGGAAAGCAGCAGUCAACAACAUCACACGUAAGUAACUGCUGACCGCUGCCUGUACAUGUUAGCAGUUGUCUUAAAGUGAAAGGGUUGUAUGGUUGCGAUAAAGACACUGGAGGAGUAACCUUAUGUUACUCAUUGAGAGGUUUAGCUGCCUUCUAAAACCCUGGUGCCAUAGCCAUCCACCUACUGUAAGUUUACUUUGUGGUAGCACCAGCACCAAUUUUUGUGAUUUUGAAAAUCACUUUUAAAGACCUUAAUUAACACACUUCAAUACUGCUUUAAUUAUAUAGAGGGAUAGAUGAAAUUGGGUCAUGCUGUGUUAAUGCAUCCUGAGGACCAGAUCUGAAAAGCGCUUCUCUUAACAAUUAAAAGAGAACUAUCAUUAAUAAACAUUUUAAUAAGUUUGUAUUAUUGCUGUUAAACAACUUUUAAAAACCAUGCACUGUUUUGACAUUGUUUACUGUAUUUUGUUCUUAGACUCUUUCUUUUAUAGUAUUGUACUAUACAGUAGGUCAAACCUCUUAAUGGGCAGAAUUUAAAAAGGUAACACAAAUAGAUUGUACAAUAUAUACUUACCAAACUAAGGGCAGAAUUAUAAAAACAUAAAAAUUAAAAAAAUAUGUGUUACAUCUUACAAAGUAAUUUUAUUUUCAAUUCCAUUUUAGCGCAAAAGACAUGUAGGAUGACUGUAUUCCUUUAUAUGAUGUAGUGGUAAGGUAACUGUUCAAAAUUUUGAAUGGUCUUGGGAGGUCAGGAAGGUUAGAAAUGUUACUUCUUUUUAUAAUUUAUAUACUUGCAGGUACAAUGUAAAGGAAUUUAGAAAUGAUCAAUAUAGGAAGUUUAAAGGAAUGCUUGUAGAUGAAUAUUAAUUAUGGCAAUUGAUGAAGACCCUUAUAGAUAUAUAAAAUAUAUAUAUUGUUUCAGUCACCUUAGAAUGUUUAUUUAUGAUCUGCUAUGUAUUGCUCAGUAAUUUUGUAUUUAAGCACUUAAAUGUUAGCUGUGAAUGUUAAUAUACUGUACUUCUGUGUAUGUUCCCUCCUCAUCUAUGUUUUGCUAUCUAUAAUCUGAAAUAAA